AAUAUUCUAAUGCAUAUUGAAUACCAAAGUGAGCAUAAACAAAGUUUCUUCUUCGAUCGAUCCUUGCCAGAAAUCCGGUGAUCGAUAAGCGAAAUCUUUGAUUUAAUUCCUCAAAAUGGCGGCAAAUAAUUCUAGUUAUUUCAAUGAGCGAAUCUUUCACAUCUACGAGAAAGUGUCGAUCAGCUCGGCUAUCUUCCUCAGUUUCGUGGCGCUUGGAACGAUCAUCACUAAUGGUGUCGCCUUGGUCGCCAUCUUCAAAGAUCCUCUCAAAUGCUUUCGCAACCCAAUGGCCACUUUUAUCACUGGGAUUCUGGUAUCUGACUUCCUCACUGGACUGAUCGUUGAGCCUGUCUUGGUAACUACAUAUGUCAUCUGGAUGAAUACUGAGUUGAAUCUUGAAGACUAUGAAAAAAUCAUCCGCAGCUGUCAGAUCCUAGGCGCAGUAACUGUAAACACCUCGUUUCUUACAGUCCUUGCGCUAGCAGUUUCCCAGUUACUAGCUCUAAGAUGGCCUUCAGUGUAUAAUCGGUACGUCACCAGUCCGCUUGCUAUUUUUGGGAUAGUUUGCAUCUGGUUGUACGCCAUAAUAUUCGCCCUUUUGCCAGAGAUAGCUAACAUGUCCAUCGAAAUUUAUUUCUUUGUUGACUUGAUUCUGCACACCACUUUAAUCUCAUUUGCGCUAGUCAUUAUCUAUAUUAUUAUCUUCCUUUCCUUUAAACGCGCAAUGAGAAGGCAUGGAAUUGCUGCAGAAGCUCAAGAAGAAGACGAGAACCRACAAGACAUCCCGAAACAAAAGGUCGAGAAAGAGUUCAUCGUUGGUACGUUCAUCGUCAUCCUGGUUUUGAUCGUCACUGUCUGGCCCUUCACAAUGACUUUCUACAUCUUAAUAGUACAAAUACUACAGACGAGCUUUACUGAAUCUACCUGGAAACUGUACGUUGUGUUUGUUCUCUUCAAUGACAUUUUGUACUUGAAAUUCCUACUGGAUCCUCUCAUUUUCGUCUGGCGCCUAUCCAAGUACAGGGAAGCCAUAAAUGUGGUCUUCGCUCCCGUCAAAGGGAAGCUAUGCUGCUAUGCUCGAGGUCGUCUUCCUAGCGCAGCUUAUCAUCGACAAGAAGGCGAAGGUUCUGCCGAAGAUCCAUUGGCGCCGGAAUGGAGCACUGAUGUAAGCGGUGCUUUUACCAAAGAAGUUGAAGAUGAACCUGUAGAGGCAUAGAAAACUACAAUAUACAUGGACUAAUGAUAAUUAAUGGUGGGCAAACACAAAAUAACUUGGCGAGGAACAAAAGCGAAAACGAACAUCAUCAUCAUCAUCAUCAUCAUUAUCAUCAUCAUCACCACAAUCACCAUCAUCAUGAUGAUGAUACAAGUACGGUGCACUACUCUUGGAAUUAAAACAACAGCAUAUCCUGGUUACAAGGUUCAGCAAUGCAAUGUCAUAAUUGAUGCAUUGGGAGGAUGGUCAAAGGAGCUAGAGCAAACUAUGAAGAAGCUUGUUGGUGCCCGAUCAAAGUGUGUUUUGGAGAAGAUGCACAAAGCCACCAUCUUUUACUCGCUCCAUAUAGCACGAACAUUUAAAGCAACUGUUAUAUAAACUUGAAUUUUUUAAUUAUCUUAGGAUACUGUUACAGAAUUAUAGAAUAUAGAGGGGUUUUUUUGUUGCUAGAAAUUUAUUGUAAUUAUUGUAUAUACAUUUUUUCCCGAACCAUUUUAAAGAUAAUGAUUUUAUAGGGACAUUGCGCCCUAUACAGGUCAUAGUAGAUUAUUUUGCAUCUAAACGUUUUAGUACAGCACAUAAUAAUAAUAAUAAUGAUAAUAGUAUAUUAAUAAUAAUAACAAUGAUGAUGAUUUGGCAUGGGUCCCCGGUAGUGGAGCUUUGCUCAUUGGGGUUUCCCUGCCCUUGUGCCGAAGCUUAUGAAAUAAGAAUAAAAUAAAAAUAGCUACAUAGCGAAUAAUAUAGGUAAUUUAACGUUUUUAUUUUUUAUUAUUUAGUUAAGGUUUCUUAACAGAGACUUGUAACGCAAUAGGCGCCUCAUCUCUGUGUGAAGGCAAUAACGUUUACAAUGCCAUAAUAAUAAUAACGGUUUAUUAGCAUAAUCCAAAUACAAUUUGGCUCUUACGAUGCUAACUAACUAUCUAUAGACAAAAGAAAUAGGUAGAUAAAAAAAUAUGUAUAUAUAUAAUAUUGAAUACUAGACAGCGAGGGGUGAAAACUCAAUAAAAUGCAAGGAUUUAUAGAUAUCUUUUAUGAGCUUCGGCAAAAAAUAUUUUCUUGGUAAAGUUGCACUGUUCAUUCAAAUCGGUACAGUUUCUGAUGGUUGCGGGAAGACUAUUAAAUUUGCUAGAUGCUUGAUCUUGAAAAGUACCUGAUACUAGUGGUACCUUAAUUCAAGCUCACAAGAUGAGCGGAGAGUGCGUGGAGUGUGUGCUGGUAUGCACUGUUCUAUUUUGAUAUAAGGAUCAGGCCAAUAACUAGAAUACAAUGCUUUGAACACUAGGUUACACAAAUGUAACUCUCUACGCUGUGCUAUAGGAAGUCAAACUAGCUUCUGAAUAUAUAUCAGAUGCAUAGGAUAAGAAACAGAAUCAUUAAAAUCGAUUUUAGACAAAAUGA